AUGGUUGUACUAACAAGUCCAAAAAAAAUCUAUAGAGACUUUGGGGAGAAGCUAGAAACAAGCAUAUACAUUCAUAAACCCCCGCGCCCAACAGGAGCUGAAGACUGCUUCUUCAAUCUUUCAACUUUUGUUAGCAAUGAAUUGCAGUAGCAUGGAUUCUUCUUUAGUUUCCCCCUUCAAACUGAAACUUCACCACCGCUAUCUUCCCCUCCAUAGCCAUUUUCGACAACGCCCACCUCUCACCUUCUCCCACUUGCCGUUGGCAGCCGUCAAGAAACGACUCAGAAAAGUUCACUGUGAAUUCGAACCUAGAGUUAAUGGCGCUUUCUCUCCGGACUCUGACUCCCGUUUCCUCGACCGGCAAAAAGCAUUGGAGGCUGCAAUGAAUGAUAUAAAUAGUUCUUUUGGAAAAGGAAGUGUUACAAGAUUGGGGAGCGCAGGUGGAGCACUUGUUGAAACUUUUCCUAGUGGUUGUUUGACCCUAGAUUUAGCCUUAGGUGGCGGUCUUCCCAAAGGAAGAAUUGUGGAGGUAUAUGGACCAGAAAGUAGUGGAAAAACCACCCUAGCACUCCAUGCCAUUGCUGAAGUGCAGAAGCUGGGUGGCAAUGCAAUGCUUGUUGAUGCAGAGCAUGCUUUUGAUCCUGCAUAUUCAAAAGCAUUGGGAGUGGAUGUUGAAAAUUUGAUUGUCUGCCAGCCAGAUAAUGGGGAAAUGGCACUAGAAAUUGCAGAUCGUAUGUGCAGAUCUGGUGCCAUUGAUUUAAUUUGCGUUGAUUCAGUGUCAGCUCUCACUCCACGAGCAGAGAUUGAAGGUGAGAUUGGGAUGCAGCAAAUGGGAUUGCAAGCACGUCUUAUGAGCCAGGCUCUACGUAAGAUGUCAGGAAAUGCCUCUAAAGCUGGUUGUACACUAAUUUUUCUGAAUCAAAUAAGAUAUAAGAUUGGAGUAUAUUAUGGGAACCCGGAAGUCACAAGUGGAGGAAUUGCAUUAAAGUUCUUUGCUUCAGUUCGUCUUGAAAUACGUCCUUCUGGGAAGAUAAAGUCUGUUAAAGGUGAUGAGGAUAUUGGGCUUCGGGUUCGUGUAAGAGUGCAGAAGAGUAAGGUCUCAAGGCCAUACAAGCAAGCAGAGUUUGAAAUCAUAUUUGGAGAGGGAGUGAGCAAACUGGGAUGCAUUCUGGAUUGUGCUGAAAUGAUGGAUGUCGUUGUAAAGAAGGGCUCUUGGUACAGCUAUGGGGACCAUAGGUUGGGGCAAGGGAGAGAUAAAGCACUACAAUACUUGAGAGACAACCCUGUUCUUCAUGAUGAAAUAGAGAAGAUAGUACGGUCAAUGAUGGCUGAUGGAACUGUACAUUUGAGUUCAGCUCAUGUCAAGAGCUUGUCACAGCCUCCUCAAGAUGAAAAUAAUUAUGAAGAGAUUUAAUAAGAUUGAACCAUCCUUGCUAUCAAGGUUAACAUUCAAUAGCAAAGCAGGGAAAUGAAUGUGGAAGUUGAAAGCAGAGGUGGCCAUAUUUUAGUUUUGCCUUCGCGCUUUAGAUCUGAGGCAGAGAGUUUUCACUGAUUGCUGAUAUUCUUUGGAAGAAGGUAUGUAUUCUGUUUGUGGAUUGGCGGAGAAACAUCAACCAUGAUUUGCAGGAGAGAACAUCUAUUGUACAACUCUAAAUUGUUGUUUAUUUGAAUUUCAACCUUCUUAGUUUUACCUCCCCCAACCCCUUGACCCUUCUUCUGUUUUUGACUAGGAAAUUGAAGUAAAGAACCUUCUCAUUGUGAUACCAAAAUGGAAGUUAAAAUUAAAUUGGAAUUCAGCGUCAA